CCCCGAUCCUACACCCCGGGUGGGGGGAGGGGGCAGCAGCUGUAUAGGCAGGGAAGGAGCCUCCCCAGGACUGUUCCUGUGCGAGACGGGAGGAGGGAAGGAAUUCGGGAUCUGCGGCUUUAAGAGCGUCGGGGGCGCGCGCCAGCUCCAGACGCCCAGUGCCGCUGCGCGCUCCCGCGCUCCCUCUCCCUCUGAGCUUUAAAGUCUCGGGCUGGAGCCGCUGACACGUUACUUCCUGUGCGGGAGAAUGGGGAGCCGGAGCCCAGCCUGGAGGACCAUAGACCCCCCCAGCAGCCUGGACUAGAGGAUCCCCCCAGCCCGGAGCCGCCGGAGACCGCUGCAUGCAUGAGAUCCAGGGCUCUCCCCGGCUCUCCAACUUCCCAGAGCCCCGCCAGUGACCGGAGACCCCCGCCCGCUGCCGCCGCCGGAGACCCCUCCCCGCCUCCACUACUCCCUGGGGUUGCUGCCUUGGAGGCGAGUCCGUCAACAAGUUGCCCCCGUCCUCUAUGUGCAUGUUGUCAUGCGGAGACUACUGCAGCCGUGCUGGUGGCUCUUCUUCCUGAGACUCUCCACCUCGCUGCUGGACUAUGUCCUGUGCUACCCCGCUUAUACUGAGGAGAACGUGGGAACACUACGCGAAAAUGGACAUGGGAUAUCUGUGCAGAUACGGAGGCGUAAAGCGGCCAGUGAACCGUACUGGUCUUACUCAGGUGUGUACGGACCUGAGAAUUGGGUCAUCACCAGCACGGAUUGUGGAGGUGUUCACCAGUCUCCGAUAGACAUCGUCGAUUAUACUGCCAACAUUAAAGAGGAGUACCUGGAGCUCAAACUCAUAGGAUUUGACAAUGAGUCUUCUAACAAAACGUGGAUGAAAAACACAGGCAAAACAGUUGCCAUUUUGCUGAAGGAUGAUUAUUACAUCGCUGGUGCCGGGCUACCGGGCAGAUUUAAGGCGGAGAAAGUGGAGUUCCACUGGGGUCAGAGCAAUGCAUCCGCAGGCUCCGAGCACAGCAUCAAUGGCAGAAGAUUCCCUGUCGAGAUGCAGAUUUAUUCCUACAAUCCCGACGACUUUGACAGUUUCGGGGCAGCCAUUAUGGAUAAGAGGCUGAUUGCUGCAAUGUCGGUCUUUUUUCAGGCCACUCAGAAGAACAAUCCUGCUCUGGAUCCCAUAAUCCACGGACUGAAGGGCGUUGUACAUCACGAGAAAGAAACAUUUCUGGACCCAUUCAUCUUACGGAAUUUAUUACCGUCUUCGUUGAGCAGUUUUUACCGAUACACAGGCUCUCUAACAACACCUCCGUGUAGUGAGAUUGUUGAGUGGGUGGUCUUCAGCAGACCUGUCCCAAUCUCUUACCAGCAGCUGGAAGCUUUCUAUUCCAUAUUUACCACGGAGCAGCAGGACCACGUCAAGUCCGUGGACUAUUUGAGGAACAAUUUCAGACCGAAACAGCGUCUCAAUGACAGGGUUGUAUUUAAAUCCGCCGUGAAAGAUGCUUGGAGCCAGGAUAUGUCAGACGACUUGGACAAUCUUUUUGGCACAGAAGCCUCAAAAGUGUGCAGCACCCCACCUGUUAAUAUGAAAGUACAACCUGUGAACAAGUCGGCGCUACUGGUGACCUGGAACCAGCCAGAUAUUGUGUACCACCCUCCAAUCAUGAAUUACAUGGUGUCCUACAGCUGGACCAAGAAUGAUGAAGAGAAGGAGAAGACCUACACUAAGGACAGUGACAAAGAACUGAAAGCCUUCAUUAACCAUGUCUCGCCUGACAUCCUUUACCUGUUCAGAGUGCAAGCAGUGUGUCGGAACGACAUGCGCAGUGACUUCAGCCAAACCAUGCUUUUUCAAGCAAACACCACUCGAAUAUUUGAAGGGACCAGGAUUGUGAAAACAGGAGUGCCUACUGCUUCUCCUGCUUCUUCCGCUGAUAUGGCCCCCAUCAGUUCCGGAUCCUCUACCUGGACCUCCUCAGGCAUACCCUUCUCUUUUGUUUCCAUGGCUACCGGAAUGAGCCCCUCUUCGAGCGGGGGCCAAGCUACGGUGGCCUCUGUGGUGACAAGUACUUUGCUUGCUGGCCUUGGUUUUAGCGGUGGCGGUUUACCUUCUUUUCCUAGCACUGUGUGGUCCACUCGCCUCCCCACUUCCUCUUCUGCAAGUAAACAUGCUGCCAAAGCUGUCGUCUCCACUACUGAACCUUUGCCGUCCGCAGGCUCCGACAGCGACGCCUCCCCCACAAAAACCAGCGAAGGGGCGGAGGAAGGAGAGAAAGACGAGAAGGGGGAGGAGAGCGAGCGAGAGCAGGAGGAGGAGGACGAGAAGGACAGCGAGAAAAAGGAGAAAGGUUUAGCCACACACUCUACAGAGGUGCAAACUCAAACUGAGUCCACCUCUGUUACCGCCAGCACCGGUACCCUACAGGAAGCUGGCACAAGCGAAACUUUAAAUGACUCUGAGCAUAAACAAACCACUUCUUUAAUAGAUAACAGAGACUGGGAUGCACCUGCUGGAACUGUAAUCCCUUUACAAACCAUAGUGCCGUACAUGGAAGACUAUGAUAUUCCGGAAAAAGAUGGGAAUGACUCGGACAACACAUUCAUCACUGUCUACCCAGGUGACCAGUAUAACUCAAGUAUGGCAAGCCGUCCCUCUUCCAGCAAGAUGGAGUGGAUAGUACCCCUGAUGGUAGUUUCUGCUUUAACAUUCUUCUGCUUGAUACUGCUGAUAGCAGUCCUGGUCUACUGGAGGAAGUGCUUUCAGACCGCUCAUUUCUAUGUGGAUGACAGCAGCUCGCCGAGAGUCGUCCCCAAUGACAACAUACCGAUCAUCCCCAUUCCAGAUGACAUGGAAGCGAUUUCAAUCAAACAGUUCAUCAAACAUGUCAACGAACUCUAUUCUAACAACCAGCAUGGCUUUUCAGAAGACUUUGAGGAAGUUCAGCGUUGUACUUCAGACAUGAACAUCACGGCGGAACAUUCCAACCACCCGGAUAACAAACACAAAAACAGAUAUAUCAACAUUGUAGCAUACGAUCACAGUCGGGUGAAACUGAGGCCUUUCCCCGGCAAGGACUCAAAGCACAGUGACUACAUUAAUGCCAAUUACGUUGAUGGCUACAACAAAGCAAAGGCCUACAUCGCAGCCCAGGGACCUUUAAAGUCGACUUUUGAAGACUUUUGGAGGAUGAUUUGGGAGCAAAACACUGGAAUUAUUGUUAUGAUAACUAAUCUGGUGGAAAAAGGAAGAAGGAAGUGUGAUCAGUAUUGGCCGACAGAAAACAGCGAGGAUUAUGGGAACAUCAUGGUGACCCUAAAGAGCACAAGGGUGUACGCCUGCUACACAGUACGCAAAUUCACCAUCAGGAACGUUAAGAUGAAGAAGGGCCAGAAGGGGAACCCAAAAGGUCGUCAUAAUGAAAGAGCAGUUAUUCAGUAUCACUACACACAAUGGCCCGACAUGGGCGUUCCGGAAUAUGCACUACCGGUUCUCACCUUUGUACGGCGGUCAUCUGCCGCUCAGCUCCCUGACAUGGGUCCAGUGCUCGUGCACUGCAGCGCUGGAGUCGGCAGGACGGGGACAUACAUUGUGAUUGACAGCAUGCUGCAGCAAAUAAAAGACAAGAGCACAGUUAACGUUCUGGGGUUUCUGAAACACAUCAGAACGCAGCGGAACUACCUCGUCCAGACAGAGGAACAAUAUAUUUUUAUCCACGAUGCCCUGCUGGAAGCUAUAUUGGGAAAGGAGACGGAAGUCAGCACGAACCAGCUGCACAGUUAUGUGAACACCAUCCUGACACCUGCAGCGGGAGGCAAGACUAGACUGGAGAAACAAUUCAGGCUGGUUACACAGUGUAAUGCAAAAUACAUUGAAUGCUUCAGUGCCCAGAAAGAUUGUAACAAGGAGAAGAACAGGAAUUCAUCAGUUGUGCCGUCUGAACGUGCCAGAGUCGGGCUGGCACCACUGCCUGGAAUAAAAGGAACAGAUUACAUUAAUGCAUCUUAUAUCAUGGGCUACUUGCGUAGCAAUGAGUUUAUCAUCACCCAGCACCCCAUGCCACACACAACGAAGGACUUUUGGCGGAUGAUUUGGGAUCACAACGCACAGAUCAUUGUCAUGUUACCAGACAGCCAGAGCUUGCUCGGUGUUUAUGUUUCUCAGGCUGAGGAUGAGUUCGUCUACUGGCCGAGCCGGGAAGAAGCGAUGAACUGCGAGGCUUUCACCGUGACGCUCAUCAGCAAAGACAGACUGUGUCUCUCUAACGAAGAGCAGAUCAUUAUACACGACUUUAUUCUUGAAGCAACACAGGAUGACUAUGUUUUGGAAGUUCGUCACUUUCAAUGUCCAAAGUGGCCGAACCCAGAUGCACCAAUCAGCAGCGCUUUUGAGCUUAUUAACGUGAUCAAGGAAGAAGCUCUAACACGAGACGGACCUACCAUAGUGCACGAUGAGUUCGGCGCCGUGUCUGCCGGAACACUAUGUGCACUAGCCACUUUGUCCCAGCAGUUAGAGAAUGAAAAUGCAGUGGACGUUUACCAGGUGGCAAAGAUGAUAAAUCUGAUGAGACCUGGUGUAUUCACAGACAUUGAUCAGUACCAGUUCCUCUAUAAGGCGAUGCUCAGCUUGGUCAGUACAAAGGAAAAUGGCAGCGGCCCCAUGGCAUUAGACAAAAAUGGAGCCGUUCUGGUCAGCGACGAGUCGGACCCUUCACAAAGCAUGGAGUCUCUUGUUUAGAGAUCCCACCGAAAGGCGCUACAUUUGUAAACCUUCUGACCUUCUCAAGACAGAGUGGACAUUUUGAGGCCUUUUAUUUGCCAGACUAUAGGUUAUACAAUAACCCAAUUACUUUUUUACACUGAUAAAGUUUUGAUAUUUAUUUUUUGCCAUUUUAUGUCUUAAUGGUAUCCUACUGAGCAUUCGCAUCUCUGUUCAUUUCACACGGGGAAACUCCAAUUUUGUCUAGUUUGCACUAUAUGAUCAGUGUUACUGCCUAUAACGCUCUAGAACACGGCAAAGCCCAACAUUCCCUUGACAUAACAAUGUAAAGCUCCUUCAUCUCAGCUGUCAAAGAGUUUAUUUUUAAAUUGUAAAAACUCUUUCAAUUUGAAAUGUUUUUUAAAGUUCCCUCUUUAACCUUAUGUCUGUCUUUUUCCAAUUACUCUUUUGUAACUGCCAUUUUGAAAGCGGGGUGAGCAAUUUUUGUUCCUCGCCUUUGGCUCACACUAUUAUUUAAGUCUAAUCGGAACACUAGCACCUCAUUAAUAUAUCAUGUGACCUUCCCGUUCCAGACCACUGAACGACGCAUUCCAUAUUCACGUGAUCACUGUAACGCUGUCACCCAAUCAUUGAUGUAUCAACCUUUUAUUUGUUUCAGACACAACUUCUUUAUAAACUGCUGUUUGGGUAGUUUUGUUUAUUUUUUACUAUGUAAUUUGUAUUUACUUACUUUUUUUUUUUUUUUUUUUUUUGUAAACCCAAAUGAGCAAUUGCUUUGAUUUCAAAUUUAUAGCAACAAUUCUGUUUACUUCAUUACAUGAUAUGAUAAACCUAUUUUUAUCAAAUGUCUGCUGCGGUUUUACUAAAUUUGAGUGUUUAUAGCAGGGGAUAAUGGAUUACACAUUGAACAUGCUUGAUGUAUUAUUGUGCUCCGUCAUCUUUACAUGUACCGCAAGCUUGGCCAGAAUGGAAAUAGGCAAUUGUAGCCUUAAUAAUCUGGUGUGCAGAGUUCAAAACAGUAGCAAGUCAUGCCAGUAAGUAGUAAGUAUCCCAACAUUCAAAGGGAGAAAAUAUAAACAAUACAAGCCCCACCCAAUCACCACAUUCAAUUCAUGAUUGGGCGAGAGAAUUUUCUAAAACCACACCCUGUUUGGGGAAUAACAAAUGGCUCUACCUGGGAAGUAUGAAAUCAACAUUACUAAAAGCAUAAUACGCAUCAGAUUAUCAAAUCAUGUUCCUGUCACCUAUUUAUAUCGGAGGCAGACAUUUUUUCAGGCUGAAUUAAUUGCGUGGAGAAUGGAUGAAGCUAGGAACUGGUGAACCGAUAGGCCGAAUAUUAAUUCAGCCCAAUAGAUGAGAGACUCUGGCAAAGUCAACAGUCAUGUAUGUAGUACGAUAAACCACCACUAAACUCCUUCAAAGCCAUAGUGCUCCGGUCCGUUCCCCCCAACUACAUUCAGACAUUGGCAGUCAUGCCACUACAGUAACUUAGUACAGUCCCUGCCACUUCUAUUUCAGUUAAAUGAACCCAAGACAUGCACAGGCCCCCUCAUGUGUUCCGAAGAUCCGAGCGGGCACACAGAAGAACCAGCUAAAUCACCGACAUACAAUUUUACCAAAAUAAUUCUUCUGUAAACUGUAGAGUCAUGUUCCCCACCAUUGCUCCCUAUGCUAGUAUGUAGCAGCAUGGACAUGCGUUCACCAUUUUGGUCCUUGUUUUGGGUAACCACAUUGGAAGAGUAGUUGGCUCUGAAAUUAAUUAUCCCUUUGCUGGGAAAAAGAAAAAUGUUCCAUGGGCACAUUAAACCUCACACAGCCAAAACAAAUUGAGUUGUACAAGUCAUUUUGGUUAUAUAGGAUGCUAAUUACUUGAUCGUUUUGCCCAAACUUUCAUCACAGGACACAAACGCCUGCCAUUAACUUUUGAUUAAAGUAUGGUUUUACUUGAAUAUAGAACACAGUGGAGGGGGGUUAUUAAACAAUGUCACAAAAUCGGGAAAAAAAUCACAACAGUCACAAAGAGUAAGAUCUUAAUUCUGGAAAUCUAAAGUAAUGAAAUGGAACGUUGAAUAGCAAUUUUAAAUAUACCUAGUAUGGAUUUGCAAAUACAUUCUGAAGCAUUUCUGUUGCAGCGGCCUUAUUGAUGACAUCACUUGUAAAAUGAUGACACGCAUACUGCAUCUGGGGAUCCACUGUAAUUGGUUCUCCUCAGUUGUCAAUUCUUAACUUUGACGUAAUGGAAUAAUCUUCACCAUUAGUUAAACACAGAGAUCAUCUUGUAGUGCUGAGCAGUUUCAUAAAUCUACCUUUAAUUUUACAGCCAACAUUAGCUAAGAUGGAACUGAAUGAUCUGGGAAGAUGAGUUACCAUUAUGGCCACCACACUUACAAAGUCAACUACCACAAAAUGUAGAACUUACGAUCUAGCAACUUCUAAGAACAGAUCAUUUUCACUUUUCAGACCUUACCGUAAUUGUCAUAUCAAGACUUAACAUGAUUUAGAUUAGCCCAAAACAUCUGUUUCAUUAAAUUAACACAGGACUCAGGGGAAGCUAUGUUUUUAUAGUGAUCCACCACAUAAAUGGGAUUUAGAGAGGAACAGUUGAAUGUACGUCCGUAUUGGUUUCACACAACCAAAAUAUACCAUGUUGUGAUGUAUGAAUGAUGUUUGUACGCAACACAAAAGUUGCUAUUGCUUAUUGGAUACUCUGUCAAGGUGUAUUGUCGAUUUCUAAAUUUUCUAUACCAUACUAUUUGGAAA